AUGGUAUGCCAGCGGAUGGCUGGUCGUAUGGCGGCAGGAAGGCAGGUCACCUCGAUGUGUCCUCCUGCGGCGGGGGCCAAGGAAUGGCUGCAGACGGCUCGCGCUGUAUCUAACCCCUCAACUGAAGGUCCAGGCGCGUACAAGGUGGACUUCUACCACGACAACCAGAUCCAGCGCUGGUACGACGACAGCCUGCGGUGGUGUCAGGACUCCUCGCAGCUGGCCACCGAGGAGUCUGCUCAGAGGCUCGUUUCUCAGUUGGACCAAGUCUACUAUGUAGACAAGCACGAGACCAUACGCAUUCCGGGGGAAGUAGUCUUCCAGGACCUCCACGUCCAAGAGGCCAUUCGAGCUCAGCAGUUCGAAGAACUUGCUUCUGGAGAGAGCUACAGCGUCAAGGAUCUGGAAGAGCUUGAAAAACUCCAAACGGAACUGAACGCGAUGAAGGACACCCUACGCGGCAUGCUGACUGAACUCAAUGACGCUCUGAAGCUCACUGGAGACCAAGCCCUCGUCGGCGACUAUCACUUCGAUCACAUCACAUUGGACUGUCCGCCGCACGGCUGCAAACUCGGCCAACUCGAAACCCUCUACGUGAACAAGGAGGACGUCUCCAACCUUCCCAGCCGCCUAUUCUUCACCAACGCCCCUCAGUUCCCUAACGCUGCCAUGUCGUUCGAGAGCCUUCGUGUGCAGAACUUGCAGGCCGACGGGUUGGUCAAUGGACUAAAUGUCUCCACUCUCGUUACCGUCUCUGGGAAUCAUGCUCUCAGUGGCAACAUUCGCUUCGCAAGGCCAGUCCAUGCUCUCAACGACGUUGUCGCCGCCAGCCUCAGCGGCCUCCUCUUCUCGCCUCGCCAUCUGCUACUCACAGAAGGAGACCAAGUCCAGACUGCAGAACUCACGAUGACAGAUGCUACUGUUCAUGUCUUGCACGUUGCUGUAUCAUGCAACGGAAUUAGCCUCGACAAAUUCUACCAGAACGCACUGACUCGCCAUGCUAAUCACGUCAUAACUGGUCGGAAGAUUGUGCGGGACCUGGCUGCGGAGGGUAUGUUGCAGAUAAGCGACUCGGGACUCUUCAACAACGUUAAUCUGCACGAUCUAUGGCGCUCGGUCAUGUGGGUUUAUGGACACCAAGCCGUCACAGCUACUCACGAAUACACAAACGUCCAGUUCAGUGACGUCAGCGUGCGCGGUGCUGUCAAUGGCCUCCAGAUACCAGGACCUGACGUUGUGUUGGUCAACCAGAACGUCACAAUUACGGCUGAAAAAGUGUUUCUUGCUGACUGCUUAGCACGGGAGCUCCACGUGAACAUCGCUCUCAAUGGCAUUCGUCACACUCCGGAUUCGGCCUCUGACUGGAAGGGUCAGCUUGACAUGCUGGUCAAGACGCCAGUACAGCGCAUUACAGGGCGAAAGACAUUUGCCACCUUGCACCUUGACGGACACAGCACAGUUGGAAGAUUUGUCGAUGGUGUGGACCUGUCGGAGUUGGCGAAAUUUUUGCGCAGGCGACGCACCACCGUUAUGAAUGGGACGUGGACAUUCAAGGGCAAAGUUGUCUUCGAAGAUAAAGUGACUGUUACCGGAUUAGUCAACGAUCGCAAAUUGGAUGACUUGUAUCGCUACGCCCUCCGAAUAGACACACCUGUAUUUCCGAACUUCAAGAAAGUUAUCUUUGCGAACAACGUGCAGGUACGAAACCUCACUUGCCCCGACAUCAAUGGGCUUCACAUACCGUCGUCAUUCGUUCUGCGGCGCGGACCAAAAGUGAUGCACGGAGAAAAAGUGUUUGCCAAACUGAGGCUAGCCGGAGAAGUGGUGCUUAGAGGACUCCUCAAUGGCGUCAACCUCGCUGUCUGGAAAGAUUCACUUCUGACCCGCGGUAACCAGGCUGUUCGUGCUCCUAAAGUCUUCAUGAGAAACUUGCACGUCAAAAACCUUGUCGUCGAAGAAUCCAUAAACGGUGCGGCCAUUUCGGACCUUUGCCGCCUCGAUGAAAACUGCUUAAUCACUGCUCCUAAGGACUUCGAGACAUUAAACGUAGAUGGUGGCUUGACAGUCAACAAUUUCAUCGUGAGAAACAGAAUCAACGGGGUCCGUGCAGCGGAACUUCUUCAAGACUCUAUGCUCUACUCUGCUCAUCAAGUUGUUUCCGGGCGUAAGAUUUUCACCAGCAACUUAACCGUUCCACGCCACGCUAACGUGCGAACAAACAAUUUCUCUGGAGUCUCUCUUGGCGAACUUUACCUGGACGCUGUUACGCUGAAGGGGAAUCAAGUUAUCGCAGGGGAGAAAGUGUUCACCACCACAUUAACGGCACCAAGGUUUGAAUUCGAAUCUCUCCUGGAUGGUGUCACGCAAGAAGACGUCAACAACUGGAUGCUUCAAGGAGUAGAUCAAGUGAUCGGUGGUGACAUAGUGUUCGAAAGCAGUCUGGAAACUCUCGCGCCACUCACUGUCCGCGGCACUAUAAACGAAGUUAAUAUAAAAGAACUUUUCAGCAAAAUCGCUUUCAAGAAUGAGUCGACGACGUUUUCUGGCCCAGUUAGGUUCGAGUUCCUCGGUUCUAUGGCCGAUGUGCAUGUGACCGGCACUGUUCAAGGCAUCGAUAUAUCCGAAGAAGUUGUCGAUGCCACGAAGAACGUGACAGUGUCCGGAAGGAAGUUCAUGAAGAAGGGAUUCAACGUUGAUGGACACAUGUGGGUCAGCGGACUAGUGGAUUCGGUCAAGGUCGAAGAGCUCUGCAAGAAAGCGCUGACUACUUUCGGCAACCAAUUUGUUGCCCCGACGACUGUGUUAGGCGACGUUACUUUCCACAGAGGUGUGCAGGUUGACGGGCUCAUUGACGGAGUGGAUCUGCGAGAGCUGCAUUCAUCUUGCGCCAAGACGAACGUCCCCUCGACGCUGCGAGGAAGCAAAAGGUUCAGGAACAUCGUAAUCGAAGGGCCUCUGACACUAAGGGGCACACUAAACGGCUUCAACUUCGAUUAUCUGAAAGACCAUUACAUGAGCGUUUCCAGAGAGCAGAUCGUCGAGACCAAGCUGAAAAUGCACACUGCUCAUAUCCACGGUUCUCUGCAUUGUGCCAGCGUUGAUGCCUCACUGGUGAAUGGCUUCAACUUGCCCUUAUUCGUGAGCUCCGCGUUGCGUACAACUGGUGAACAGACAAUUACAGUGCCUUGCAAGUUCCACAACGCCACUUUCAAUGGGGACAUGCAUAUUAACGGCAAAAUCAACGGACUUGACCUUCCACAAGACGUGUUCACUAAAGUCCGCUCCAAUGUGGUUUCCGGGACAUUGGCGGUGACUGGGAACGCAACCAUUGCUGGGGCCCUGACCAUGCCGGAGUCUGCUCGCUUGCAAGGGGUGGACGUUUCUGCUUGGGCAAGGAUCGCCGUAUUCAACGAUGGUCGCGAAUACAGAAUCAGUGGUGCCAAGGCGCUCCGGCAUGUCCACACCGGCAACACAAAUGUCCAGGGCACUGUGGACGGAAUCAAGGUGUCGUCCGGUGAACUGCUGAUAACGUCAAAGGACCAAGUUGUAACUGGAAGAAAGACUGUACUGGGCAAUGCAGCUGUACACGACCUCCGUGUCACGGGGUACCUGAACGGUGUCAACAUUCAUGAAUUUGUCCAUCAGGCCAUGCUGAAGAGCAGGAACAACACCGUCACCGCGCCUAAACGGUUCAUAAGUGGAUUAAGCAUUGCCACGCUCCAUACGACAGGCCACAUUGGAAACGUCAGCUUACGAGCUCUAAAGCAGAGCAUCAGAUCUGUCGGCGAAGUGGACGCACUCGCCAGACAGCUCGGACUGCAGAAGAAUCAAAUCGAUAAACUAAAUGCCGCUUUCCAAGAACAAGCUGUUCUCCUCGCCUACUACGAGCAGAUAUUUGCCUUCACCGUGGGUCCAUCCUACUCUGCUCUCUAUGCGCCUUUGCGAGACUCUUCCGAUAUCUUCCUUAUCAGUUCCCCAGCUUUUCGAAACCAGCCCUGCGGCAUUCUGAAAACUUUCAAACUCCAGGCGCCCUACACGAAAGCAUUCCCAGUACAACAGGCAAGUGCGAAUAGUUAAAAGAACUAUUU